AUGGCUACAAGUUGCCAGUUUUCAUCUCCUCGGCAGCCUUGUAAAUGGGUGAAGGGUAAAAUUGUUGGAUCAGGAUCACAUGGAACUGUCCAUUUAGCCAUAAAUAAGGUCACUGGUGAACUUUUUGUGGCAAAAUGUGCACAUUCUGGGGUUGCUAGUGAAUCUCUAGACGAUGAGGCUAAGAUUCUUGAGAGCUUGGAUUCACCUUACAUUGUUCAGUGUAUAGGGAAGGACUGGCUAAAAGGAUCAGAUGGUGAAGCUAUACUUAAUGUUUUCAUGCAGUAUAUGGCAGGAGGGAGCCUGUCAGACAUGGCCGAGAAAUUUGGUGGGGAAUUAGAUGAGGAAGUGAUUCUUUUAUACAUCAAACAGAUACUUUAUGGUCUGAAGUAUCUUCAUGAAAACGGGAUUGUACAUUGUGAUCUCAAGUGCAAGAAUGUGCUACUAGGCUUGUCAGGAAACAUAAAGUUAGCAGAUUUCGGAUGUUCUGUGAGGCUGAAAGACCUGGAAAGAAAUGGAAAGCUAGCAUAUUCCUGGCCAUCUGUAGGGAGGACUCCAUUGUGGAUGGCUCCUGAAGUUUUAAGAAAAGAAGGGUUAGAUUUUGCUUCAGAUAUUUGGUCCUUGGGAUGCACAGUUAUUGAAAUGGCCACUGGCAGGCCUCCUUGGAGCUAUAAGGCAUCCAAUCCAAUGGCGGCUGUAUUGAACAUUGCAUGUAGCAAUCAGAGACCUAAGUUUCCAAUUCAUGUCUCUGAAGAAGGGAUGGAUUUCUUGGCCAAAUGUCUCGAGAGGAAUCCUGAAAGUAGGUGGACAGCGGAGGAAUUGCUUGAUCACCCUUUUAUUACAGGAAAGUCACAGAAGAAAUAUGCAUGCUCCCCGGCAAGUGUUCUGGACAUUGGAAUUUAUGAGGACGAUUAUGAUUCAGAUGAAUCAGAAAGUUCUGAUGAGCACUUGCAUUGGAAUCCUUUUUCAACGAAGAAUUGGAGCAAAAGAACAAUAAUAACAAUGAAGCAGCAGGGCUGA